AAAAUUUGCAUGCUUCUAUUUAUUAGUCUAUUAAGUAUACUCUUCAGCUAUAUGUGUUGCCUAUUAGAAAUUUAUUUUACAUAAAUUAAAUAUUCUUUAAUCUAUUCAUAAUUCUUAUUUUAUUAAUUUAUGGUUUCUAACUUAAUGAUAUUAAUUAAAUGAUGAGUAUAACAAACGUUUUUAAAAAUUAUCUUUAUUUAGGUCAUUAAUUAUCAAUUUUUUUGUAAUAAUACAUCAAUCAUGAAACCAGAACUAUGACACUAACAAGUAGCAUUUGUAAAUCUUAUUUAUUAUUACCUCCAUCUAGAUGUAGUAAAAUAAAUAUAUAUCAAUCUUUUGCAAAAUAUUGGGAAAAUUCAUUAAACAAUAACUAUUUUGUGGCCUUACUUAAUGAAUGUGCAUUACAUUUAUCAAAAAAACAAAAAUUUAAUCUUUGUAAAAAAUUGUUCCCUUCUAUUCAAAAUUACCAAAAACUAAUAACCAGACAUAAAGAACGUUUAGUAUUAUGUAUAUCGUUGCCAUUAACAUUUGACUGGUAUAAUGAAAGGAUAUGUUUUGAUGAACUUUUAAGAUUAGGUCAAGAAUUUAAAAUAAUUGAUAAAUUAGAACAAAAUAAUGCUUUUGGUAGUGCAAAUGUUCAUAACACAAAUAAAACAAACGAAAAUUUCAAACAUGAUUCUUCAAGUUUAAAACAAAAUAAUGAAAUUAAAAUUAAUACAACUGAUAAAAUUCAAAACUCUAGGGAAUGUUUAAUAGAUAUUUGUGAUUGCUCAAGAUGUAAAAACAUGUGUGAAAAUGGUUGGGAACCUUUUUCUACCCAUAAAAAUUUCAAGGCUUGGAGAAAAUGUAAUGUUGAUUAUCCGGAUCAAAAAUUAUAUGUAUAUAAAGUUCAUGGAUGGUUCGAUGAUGUGUCUGCUUUAGACUUCAUGCAAGUUCAACUUGAUUUAGAAUAUCGAAAGGAAUGGGAUAAAAUGUCAGUAGAUCUCAAUAUUUUAGAUAGUGAGCCUCUUACCUGUAGUGAUUUAAUUUAUUGGGAACUUCGCUGGCCGAAAUGGUUUCAAAACCGAGAUUAUGUAUUUAAACGUCGCUAUAGGAUUGAUGAAGAAGAAAAAAUCAUGUCUAUUGUGUGUGAAAGUACUGAACAUCCAGAUUAUCCUGAGUAUUCCGGCAAAUGGAGAGUUAAAAACUAUUGGUCAUACAUUGUAAUUAAACCAAGAACUGAUUUUGAUAAAGCUGGUGUAGAAUUUUCUAUUACCUAUUUUGAUGAUCCUGGUGUUACAGUUUCUAAUUACCUCACAUCAUGGUAUCAAUCUAAAGGAAUGCCCUCAUUUUUUAAUGAUCAAAGAAAAGCAGCUUUAGAAUUGGCUCGAAGGCGCAGAGAUUCAAAUAAUUCAUUAUCACCUGACCAAUUAAACAUAGAAACCAAUUAUAAGAAUUCAGAAAAGCAAACCCAAGGUUGGAUGUCAUGGCUAUUCAGUUAUUGUUUGUUUUAAAACAUUUUAUUUUGUUUUUUUAUUUUAAUAUAGAGUUAUAUUAUAUUUAAAUUAAACUGUUAAUAUUUUA